AUUUUAUAUUUCCGCAUGAAUAUCAGACGUGAAGAAAAUCACAGUGACGCUAAUUUUAUUUUAUUUUUAUAUUCCCACGAUUUACAUCAUCCAAAGGGUUCACAAUUGACACGAGAGUAAUUUAUUGAAAAAAAAUUAUUAAAAAAAGAAAAAGUUUAUAAAUUUUCUUUUAACAAGAAAAGUGCUCAAAUCGCAAGAAGCGAAAAGACUAAUUUAAGUGAAAAGUGAAGGAAUUUUCGGGGAGAAUUAGCGACAAUGGAUGAAGAUAUUAAUAUGCCAGAGGCCUCCCAAGACCAAGAAAACACCCAAGAGCUCGCUGUCACUAAUCCCGCCACCAACGACGAAGCCGAUAUGGAUGCUGAUGUCGCUGCAGCAUCAUCCUCUUUUCCCUCCGCCGACGCUGCUGCCUCAUCCGUGCUCGAAGUGGCCGAUAACGACGAAGCUGGAGAAAACACAAACAUAAGUGGCGGAGCGGUUGAAAUGUCGCAUGGGACUGCCGACAGCAAUGAGGAGGAAGCAAUCGACGAGGUGUCUAAAGGCGAUUCUGGUUCAGUUCCAGAACCCAAUAUCGACGAGAAUACGAUUCUCCUGCCGGUAGCCGGAGAGAAUGGCUUCUCUGCCGACGACCCAGCCAUAACCUUCAACGCCAGUGACUUCCUUCAGGAAGAAGAAGAUAUUAUAGAUCCGAUGGCAGCCUCUGCCGACCGACGACGGGCGGAGAAGACCAUCUCGCAGGUGCCCAAGAAGCGCCGCAUUCCGGACAAUGUGAAAUACGAAGAGGAGGAAGAUGAUUCGCCAGAUAGGAAUCAGAAACGUCGUGGCAGGAAGCCCGGCACCAAGGUAAUCAAUGGACAGGUCAUUUAUCCCUCUGACAAGACCAUCAACUCGAUCAAGAAGAACAACCCCAAAGUGAAGCUGCACUCGGUGACACUUGCUACUCCCAUCAAAGGAAACCUCUCCAAAUCCACUCCCAAGUCGACGAAGGGAAGCAAAAACUCGCUGGGUCAAGUCGAUGAGAACCAGUGUCGCGUCUGCACGACAACCGCAGACCUGGUGAGCAUUUUCAAGAAGGAAUUCCAAAAGACCUAUGCCGACAAGUUGAUGGACAUCUGUCCGACUGUCAACAUUCAGCGCAAGGACUUUCUGCCACAGUUCAUUUGCCGCGUGUGUGUGAGCAGUGUGAAUGCUGCCUUCGCUCUGAAGAGUCAGUGCGAACAGACAGACCUGGAGCUGCGACAGGUUCUGGAGACGUCUAUCAAGAAGGUCCGAAAAGUCACCAGCUAUGUGGACAGUGAUCCGGAGGACAUCCCCGACGCUCCCCAGGACCAGGACUUCAAGUUGUCCGAUGCUUCGCCGCCGUCAGCCGAGGACUCGGAUUCGGACUAUGAUAAGCCGCUGUUGAAGAGACGCGGACGUCGUUCGCGGAAGUACAGUACUCCGAAGGUCAAGAGCGAGAAGUUAGAGAAGAAGUCCAGGACGCCGGGAAUGAAGAAGGAAACGCCCCUAAAGAAGUCCAUAAAGGCAGAUCCGGACUUGAACGAUAGCAAGACAGACCACGAAGGCGACCCCACAGCUCCUUCAGGAGCUGCCGGAGAUUUCAGUAGUGGCAGUGAGGAGAACUACUCGCCUCCGAAGAAGCGACGCGGCAGAGGAAGGAAGUCCGGCAAGACGCCGGACGACAAACCGCCCGCCAAUCUGACAUGCACCGUUUGCAAUGAAACCCUUAACUCCCGUGAGGAACUGAGGGAGCACAAAAAGACGUUGCAUUCCAGCUUCGAUUGUGAGUUGUGCGGCCGCAAGUUCAAGAUGCAGAGCAGUCUCAAAACCCACAUGGAAAAGCACACCAGCUUGAAGAUUCUCAACUGCGAACCCUGCAACAUGCACUUCCCCAACAAGACUGAGCGUCGAAGACACAUGCAGGAAGUGCACAAGGACACCGUUGCCCAAUUCAGUUGUGAGAAGUGCAAGAGAGCCUUCACCAGUGAGACCCGACUCCAGAAGCACUCCGAGUCCAAUUGUCCCGGCUUCGAUACAUCACAAAAGAAACGCGGUGACUUAGAAUCACUAUCCAUGGGCAAGGAUCUGUUCAAGUGUGUGGCACCGCUGACGACGACAUAUUGGAGCGACAGCUUCUCUGAUUAGAAGGCGCGAUUUAUAUAUAUAUGUAGGUUAUAUAUACAAUAUUAUUUCCUUUCUUUUAUUUUUGUAAUUUUAAUAAGUUCUAUAUUUUUGGCCAAAAGUGAAUGUCGUAAAUUUUGUUGAAACAAUCUUAAAAAGACGAAAAACGAAUAAAGUUUGAUGAUGAUAAUGAGCGAUGAAGAGUAUAAUGAAGAA